CGUUAUUCAUAAAAAGAACAUGUACAGCCACGAAUGCCAUACAGCAAUAUGAUAUGCCAAAGAAAGAAAUAUAGGUUGUGUAAGAUUACUGUCGCGGUAUUCCGCGAAGCUGUCGACUAAAUUYAUUCACGUUUGGCAAGAAUGUACGGACGGAGAAAGGGGAGUUGCGCAGCCUGUGUCCAUUAGGAAACCGCAUCAGUCAUAGUGUAUGGUCUGCUUUUGUCCAUUUAGAAAAAUCACCAACAAAAUGGCCAAGUUUUUUAUUCAAGUUCUUCUUUGUGACUUCACAUAGCUGUGAGUUUAAUACCCUAAGAAUACUGUAAACCCUGACAACUCAAGCAAAAGAGCUGAAAACCAAUACUUAUGGUUGUUAUAAUGAAGGAUGAAUCAAAGACAAUCAGUAAUCACAACAGUGACCAGCCGAAAGAUUUCCAGGUGGAAGUAAGCUUGAAGCUAAAAGAGGGAUUGUUGAAGAGAGUAUAUAUUUUUGACAAUGAUGAUAAAGUAUGGUAUGCCAAACUUCGGGUCGCAAAUGAGAUAGGCAAGGGAGUGAAAGAUGUGCUUAAUUAUGGUUUCUAUGAGCCACCUUGUAAUGGUCGGUCAGGCAAGUUCUUGGAUGAAGAAAGAACAUUUCGAGAUUAUCCACAGAGAAAGUCACCAGCAGAACUUGAGUUCAAAUACAAGAGAAGAGUGUACAAGUCCUUGCAGUAUGAUGGCAAAACUUUGCAAAAAAUACACACCAAGUCCAAUCUAAAGAAGCUUUAUGACUGUGUCUCUUCCAACUUGGUCAGUCAAGUAACAAAGUGGGCUGAAAAGGGACUGGACCCUAACUUCCAGGAUGACAAGACUGGAGAAACUCCUUUGACAAUAGCAGUGAAUGGCGAAGAGAGAAAAGAUCUUAUUCUUGCACUUGUCAGUGGAGGUGCCCAUCUUGACUAUAGAUCUGGUGAUGGUCUCACUCCCCUGCAUAAAGCUGCUUUUGCUGGAAGACCUAGAUCAAUUAAGAUUUUGCUUGACUUAGGUUGUCCUCCCAACAUGAAAGACCCAAAGGGUCUAACACCAUUAUACUAUACUGUGCUAUAUGGAGGAGACUCAUACUGCUGUCAGCUUCUAUUAGAUGAACAUGCUGAGAUAGGAGUAACAGACCACCAAGGAAUGCAAGAAAUACACCAUGCUUGCAAAAAGGGUCUUGUCCAGCACUUGGAGCACUUGAUAUUCUAUGGAGCAGAUAUUAAUGCUACCACUGCUUCAGGGAAUACACCACUACAYAUCACUGCUCUCAGUAAUCAGGAGGAAUGCGCCAGAGUGCUUUUGUUCCGAGGAGCAAAACGAGACAUAUUGAAUUAUGCUAACCAAUCUGCAUAUGAGGUAGCAGCUGUUGCCGGUAAUAGAGAGCUUGCAGAGUUCAUAAGAACAUUUACUGAUGGACAAAUAGUUAAAAUCUCAGAAAAACCAUCUUAUAGUACUCGUCGUCGAAAAAUUGUCCAAAAACCAAAAGCUAGUUCGCUGUUUCCUCGGACUGAAUCAAAUGCAUCCACCAAAAGUGACAGUUCGCUUCCUUCUUCACCAAGAUCAUCGUCUGGAAGUCAUCGAUCCAGUAACGCUGACACCAUAUCUUUAGAGGAAAACGGGCUUGUCAAUGACCGUGUCCAAAGGAGUAUGUCAGUAUGUUCGACAACGUCCGAUUCCUCGUACUGUUCUGACUCGGAAAUCUUGGAGCAGACCGCCAAUGAGAGCAGGUCACGUGCUAAGACAAACAGGAGAUCACGUGAUGUGGAGCAUAGGAUGGUGCGACCAGUGAAGAUAGUUUCCGGUGCUGCAACGAUCAGGAAAAGACUAUAUGCUAAUUUACCUGGUAGUCGUUACAUUGCUGUGAGAGAUUACAUUCCCAGUAUGGGUGGAGAAUUAGAGGUGGUUAAAGGAGACAUCGUGGAAGUGUUGUACGUUGGCGAGAAGGGAUUCUGGGAAGGGCGCAUUGAUAAUCGAACAGGAUGGUUCCCAAGCUCAUGUGUAGAAGAGCUGAAGAAGGGAGACAAAGGGCGACCCAAAACUCUUUUUGGGAGGCCUUCCUCACUCUCUUCCAUAUUCAGCAAAAGUGAAGCCCAAGGACCAGCUCUUCCUCUUCCAGAUGACAGGUACAUUCAACCUGCUCGAACCGUUUUUUUGAAUCGAGGAAAGAAAGGGUUCGGCUUCCAAAUGAGGGGCGCAAACUGCCAGGCGCCCCGCCUAAAUUUCAAGGCCACAAAAGAAUUCCCCGCCCUUCAGUACAUUGGCGAAGUUGAACCUCGUGGCGAGGCAGAGAGUAAGGGAGUCAAAACGAAUGACUUCAUUCUUGAGGUCAAUGACGAAGACGUUACCAAAGCAACGCAUAGUCACGUGGUAAACCUUAUUAAACGUAGUGCCAAGUCUGUGAAGUUAAAAAUAGUUACAGUGCCCGGGAGKGAUUUAAAUGGAGUAGAUUCCAUAGACUCGGGUUAUAACAGCUUGGCGUAUAAUUCAUUAAGAG